AUAAGUAUAAGAUAAGACGAUUUCCCUCGUAAAACCUGUCAAUGAUUAACGCGCAUGGCUUCAAAGUCAUUUCCAGUUGAAUUUGAUACACUCAAGUUGCCGCUUUCAAGUUUCUUGUUGAAGCCGAUCGCUAACUCACUUUCAGAUUUAUAUGGCAGCUAGAACAUCCUAGAAUCCACCAAAGAUAGCAAUCGGUCUGAACUUUUAGACUGAAAAUUCAAACGGGUCGUGAUGAUGUUCUCAGAGAUCGUUUGCCGAGAAUGGAAUUCUAUUCGUGUGAGGUUCUGGAGCAUAGGUUACAAAAAGCGGCUUGCUCUUCUGGUUAUUUUGCUCUUAGUUCUGGUAUGUUUUCUGGUGUGGUCUUCGCUUAUGGUAGAUUUAUCUGAUUUGAAAUUUGCGGACGGGAAAGGAGAUGGUGUUAACGACGGUAGCGUAUGGGAUAAAUGGGUUAUCGCAAACGGACUAAGAGCUAUUGGAGACAUCUACGACAGCUGUGAUCACAAUGGGGUGAGGAAAAAGAUCGGAAAGAUUGUUAUCCAUUAUGACCCAACGGAGAGGAGAGUGAUAGGAACGGCAGUUGCAAAUUUCACAGCAAAAGUCAAUUUGAAUGGUGGUGUAGUGCAUGUAGUGGCUCAAUUUCAAGGCAGAACCUUGUAUGAUGUCAAACACAAUGUCUGCAAAUUAGAAGCUACAUCAUUUGGUUGUCCAAUGCAUGAAGGUCAGGAAUUGAGUAUUUAUGAACCAUUCAAACUACCUAAAUACAUUCCAAAGGGUAACUACUUUGCAAGUGCAAAGCUGUUAAAUGAGGAAGGAAUUUGCCUGGGCAUGACAGAAUCCAACAUAAAUCUAUGAGAUAAAUUUAGUGUACAAAUGUAGCAAAAUAAGCUGAAGUGUAUCACUUAAUCACAGCUUGAGUUAGCUUCCACACAAACAGCAUGAAAAUGCACUUAUGUAGCAAAAAAUUUCAAACCCACAGGUCUUGCUCAUGGAUCUAUGUUACAAAGUACAUUAAAUUUCAUAAAUUAUCUUAGAACGUAUUUAUCAACAAUUCCAAAUUGGGAGAGGUCUGCACCUCAAGUGCUCGUUAAUUAAUUUCUGCCAAAAACUGUUUGACUUUUCAGAGACAAGAAAUCAAUGUAAAACAAAGGCCCGUCAGGUCAGCACUAUUAAUGAAUGUUUCGUUGAAGAUGAUGAAGAAUACAAAAUAUGAUUUGGAUGGAUUUGAUAAAAUUGCGAUUUGUUUCAUUUCAUCAACAUUCAUUAUUAAAAAAAAAUUUUACCUUUUCUUGGGAAAUGAAAACACACAAAAUAUUUAUAUACCCAAUAGAUAGCUUUCAUUUUUCUUCAAAAUUAGAUAUUUAUUUUCAUGCUACUUUUUUUUUGUUCUGUAAUUGCUUGGAAAGAAAUAUGAAAACACCUCAGCAAAAUAUGCCUGAUAUGAUCCAAAAAAAGAUUGAUUACUCAUCUAUUAUAAAAUUGCUUAGCAAAAUAAAAUUGUUUCAACAUCCUUUUUGAGGAUAUUCC